GUCAAAUUCGUUUAUUUUUAAUCUCUUAAAAAAUAAAAUGCGGCUAAGUUGAAAUCACGCCGUUAUUAAACUACGCCGCUGUUUGUGUUACACCACCAUCGAAAUUAUUCAAGGUCAAUUUAUAAUAAGGUACUAUGCCGAAUACUAGGAAAAAAGUUAUCAAGACGGUGUAUAAAGAUGAGGACAGUGAAGUAGAAGACGGUGAUUUUAGUGAUUCUGGUUCAGAUGCGAAAUUUUCUGCUGAAGAUGUAUCAAGCUCCGAGGAUGAAGUAACCGGCGUUCCUUCAUCUGAAGACGAGUUUGAUAAUAAAACCAACGCUAAACAAAGAAAACCUAAAGCUAAGAAGUUGAGUAGAAAACCAAAAUUUACCCAAACAAUAUUACAAAAAAUAAAUAAACAAACAUCGGCCGAAGAUGAAAAUGAGGACGAUGUUCUUCCUACUUCACAGUUCUCGGUCAAAGACCUAACAGAAGCAGACAAAAUAUUGCCAAAAUUUAAUUUUUCAGAACUUAACUUGUCAGAAAGUGAUAGCAGUGAUGAUGAAUCUCAAAAAGUCUCUAAAAAACAACCUACUGCCCCAGUACCUUACAAAGAACCUGAAGAACAAGUUUCAACCAGUGAUCAUGAAACUGCUAUGGAAUACAAAGAUGUGUGGUCAAAUAACAUACAAGAUAACAGUGAAGAAAUUGCCAAAAAGGCGUUUUUGGAACUGGAACAGCAUAAAAAUAAAAUUGAAGAGGCCAAGGCAUCACUUCUAAGUUAUGCACAAAAACUCAGUGAGUCUCAACAAGAGACCAAUGUAAAGGACCUAUUAGCACUUGGUGAGGAGGCUAUAAGCACUGAACCCUCAACAAGUAAUGUUAAGAAAAAAACAAAGUCUAAAAAAAAGAAAGACGACAGUGAUUCUGAACUAGAGGACUGGGAAGAAGUCAAAGAAUCAAAAGGAAUAUCACCACAAGGCUUACAACUGUUUGUUGAAUUCCCUGAUGCAGUAUGCAGAAAGAGUAAAAAAGUUGAUGUUGAAAUGAUGAUGAAAAGGAAAAUUAACAGAGUUAAAAAGGAGUAUCAAGUAUACAUGCAUAAAGUACAUGUUUUGUGCUGGUUGGGACAUGGUAAUUUCGUAAGUCGUGUUUUAAAUGAUCAAGAACUUAUGGCAGCUGUUUUAACCUUAGUACCAUCCAAAGAAUGCUAUCCGGGAGAGAGAGUUGACAUGAAAUAUGUUGAACAAAUUACUUCUUGGUAUAAAGACAAACUAAAAUUUAAGCAAGACAAACAUGAAGAUAAAUUCAAACCAAAAGCCCCACCUCUUAAAGUCCUCUUGUUGGAUCAGAUAAAAAACAAAACAGUCACUUCAAAAAAAUAUUUGGUUUUUAUAUUUGUUACUAUGUUGAGGGCUUUAGGUCUUCAAUGUCGUGUUAUGUUAAAUUUCGUAACCCUACCUAAAAAACCACCAAGUUCCGAACUAUGCUCACUUUCCACAAAACCAAAAGAAGAGAAAAAAGAUGCUGAUUCUAAGGCUAAGGCAGGCACCUCUGAAAUUAAAACAGGUUCAUCGAAGGCUAAGACAGGUACUUCUGAAACAAAAGCUAGCACGUCUAAAGCUAAACCCUCAAACAUUAAAUCAGACGAAAAGCAAGAAAAAAAACCUGGCGCUUCCCAUUCCAAGCCAAAAAGGAAAAAAAUUGCUCAAGUGGAUGGUUGUGAUGAUGAUACAUUUAUUGAUAGUGAAGAUGACAAUAUAAUGCAAGUUGAUGGGAAUGAUGAUGGUAAUCGUAAAACAAGAUCUAGUAAAAGAACAAAAAUAAGUGAAGCUAAAACCGAAACAUCUGAAAAUGAAGAUAUAUCGCCUCCUAAAAUACCAAAGAAAGGAACAAGCAGCGCAUCACCAGUCCAACCAACAUUGAAAAUAGAUGAAAAUAAUGUAUCUCAUGGCAAAAAGAAAGCAGUGGAAGAAGUUAAAUCCAAGGAAACAACUAAAGGUAGUACAGAACCAAGCAAAUCAUUAACACGUGGAGAAAAAAUAAAGGAAGAAGAUCAGAGUAAAAAAACUCCAACAAAAAAUGUGAUACCAUCUAGGAGUUUAACUCGUAGCCAAAAAUUAAAAGCUGGAACUAGUGAAAACACAUCAGAAGCUAAAGAAAGUUCACCAACUAAAAGUGUCACUAGAGGACAGGCACCGAAAACUCAGAUUGGUAAAACUUUGUCGCCAAGUGGUAGUGACAAAGGUAAAGAUCAAGAAUUAAAUAUUCAGCGUAACUCCAGAACAAGAACACAAAAGGGUAAAAUGAAUACUGAGAACAUUACUGAAGUCCCAAAAAUAUCUGUAACUGAUGAGAAUGCGAAAGAAGUAUCAAGUAAAUAUUUUGAAGACAUAAAACCUAAAACUAGCAGGCUAUCAAGAAAACGUUCACAAACUGCUAAUCCUAAAAACCUAUUGACUACAAGUAAAGAAGAAAAUAAGGGAAAAGUAUCUAAACCAAAUGCUAGAACUCAUAGUGCUCCCGACCCAUCUAUGGAGAAAAGUAAAUAUUUUGAAAGUCCAACUAAGAAGAGUCCUCUGAAAAGAUCUAUAAGACAAAUUAAAAAAGAAAUUAAAGCUGAAGACAGUCAACGAGUGAGCCACAGAGAUCUUGCGAAAACAAGCAAAGGAAAGGGCGAUGUUACUGCAGACCUGGUGAAUAUUAUAAAGAGUAGAGUGAAAGAUGCUAAGCUACAAUCUAAAAAGGGAUUAGUGAAAGGUAAAAUUAAAAAGGAAUCUGAUGAAGAUAGCGAUUACUUACCAGUUGAGGAAUCUAAGAAGUCAGACAGUGACGAUGACUUGAAAGAAACAAAAAUAAGUCCCAAACCGAGCACCAGUCGUAAAAUAGACCGAAGAGUGCUGUCCUCUGCCUCUGGUGACGAACCCAGCAAGAAGAAAGGAAUGGAUGUGUGGUGUGAAAUAUUUGUAGAAGAAUUAGAGCAAUGGAUUUGUGUAGAUGUCGUCAAAGGAAAAGUACAUUCUACGGGUGAUAUUUAUAAUAAUGCCACACACCCAAUAUGCUACAUUGUUGGAUGGGACAACAAUAACUAUGUAAAAGAUUUGACCCGUAAAUAUGUUCCUCACUGGAACACCAUAACUCGCAAACUUCGCGCUGAACCUGACUGGUGGGAAACUGCAUUGAGGCCCUGGCGGGGACCGAGGACUGCGAGAGAUAGGGAGGAAGAUGAAUAUUUAGAUAAGAUGCAGUUAGAAGCACCUUUACCUAAAAGUGUUGCUGAAUACAAAAAUCAUCCAUUGUACGCGUUGAAGAGACAUUUGCUGAAAUUCGAAGCAAUUUACCCACCUGACGCAGCAGUGCUAGGAUACGUACGCGGUGAACCGGUGUACGCCCGAGAGUGCGUAUACGUGUGCCGCUCAAGAGACAUCUGGCUCAAGGAAGCUAAAGUCGUUAAACUAGGAGAGAAGCCCUAUAAGAUCGUAAAAGCACGACCCAAGUGGGAUAAGCUGUCAUGUAAAAUCGUUGACGGCGGGCUCUUGGAAGUAUUUGGACCAUGGCAAGUGCAAGAUUAUGAACCACCAACAGCAGAAAAUGGUAUUGUUCCCCGGAAUGCAUAUGGCAAUGUUGAACUCUUUAAAGAGUGUAUGUUACCCAAAGGAACUGUUCUUAUCAAAUUGCCUAACUUAAUGAGGGUUGCAAAGAAGCUGAAUAUAGACUGCGCACCAGCUAUGACUGGCUUCGAAUACAGUGGCGGUGGGUAUUCGCACCCUGUAUACGACGGGUUCGUGGUUUGCAAGGAGUUUGAGGAGAUUAUUACAGAGGCUUGGCUAAAGGAUCAAGAAGAACAAGAACGCAAAGAGAUACAAAAGAUCGAAUCACGAGUUUAUGGUAACUGGAAGCGUUUGAUCAGGGGGCUAAUGAUUCGUGAGCGUCUCAAAAUGAAAUACGGGUUUGAAGAGCCCAGCACAGAAACAACAAAACAGUCCAAAGGACCAAGAUUGGUUGUGAAGAAAAAAUCAUGAGAAAGAAGUUUACACUCUUUAUUUUAAAAUUAGAUACAUCUAAAUGCAUGAAAAUGUUACAAAAGAAAAUGCCCAAUGAUAAAAUGGAUAAUGAAAAUAAUGUAAUUACUUUUCAUUGGAUGUCAGAGUAUUGUAGCAUGGUUUGCAUGAUAGUAUUAAUGUUGUUUUAUGUUUUACCAUAAUUCGUUGUUAAUCCAAUUUAAUUGUAUUUUGUUUUUAUUUGUUAUUUUUACACUACGAUUAGUUAUCCUUACUACCUCAUAAUAAUAAUCAUCACAAGUUAUGUAGAUGAUAUUGAAAACUUAAUAUUAUUUGAUUGUGAUAAAUCUAGCUAUCUAAGAUAAAUCCGACCUUUCAAAAGAAUCUGCCUAAUAUUACCUCCGAUAAUUUUACAUUGAAUAAUUAAGUUGUUAUUAUAAAUUGAUUGUUUGGAAAUAUGUUUUUAUUUGUAUAAUUUGAAAUAAUAAAAUUAUUAUUUUUAUAUGAGUAUUUCAAUCAUCUCUCUACUAUACUCCCUUAUAUAAAGUAAUUGGAUAUGCAAAGAAAACACUUAAUGUCGUAUAUUUAUUUAAUAAAAUUAUAACUUAUACAAAUUUUGUUUAAUAUUUUUAAUAAUUAUGCAAAAAGCUGCUUUUUAUCUUUACAUUAUCCUCAUUAUAUGUUCGUUAAAUAUAUAUAGCAAAAGCUCCAAAAGCGUAAUACACGUAGGUGGUUAGAAUUUACCGUAGCGCAACUUUUAUACGCUCGUGUAAAUUACAAAUAUUAUGUACAAAAAUCUUUGGUGUAUAAAAAUAUUUAUAGAAUAGACACUUCAGAUCUUAUACAUAAGAUCUGGUCGGUCGAAACGAUUACAAUUAUUUGCAAUCUUAUCCGCGUUUACAGGAUAGUUUUUUGUCUUGCACGCACCUUCAUAUCACAGUGUGAUAAAUAUAAGGUACAUGUAAUCACAAUGCCGUUAAUUUUUUUUUUUGGUUUUUAAUAUUUUUUAUCUUUCUGUAUUACAAAUUAUUUAUACCACUUACAUAUCUACAUUAAGUCUAUUACCUUAUGUACCUACUACAAUAUUUUAUAACGAAUAUGUAAACUAAGGGCCCAGACACAUUCAUCACAAUUUGUACAUUAUUAUUAUGAAAGGAAUGUAACCUUUAAUUUAUACUUUCGUGACAAAAUAUUUGUGUUCAUUGGCCAUUCACUUUAUUACCAUUUAUUUUAGGUAUUAGUCUCAUUGAAAGUAAGUAUCAACCAUUAUUAAAGCCAGUUUAAUACAUGGUAUGAUAGUCUGUCAAGCUAGGUAGCAACAUACAUUAGAUUAGAUUCCUUUCAUGCUACCAUUAUAUCUAAAUGUUUCCUAUAAAGACCAGCUUCAUAGUUCCAUUAUGCCAUGGUCAAUGUGCCUGCGCCCAUACCAAAACCUACACCCUUAGGACCAAAGUUCCUGCCGUAACAACUUCGGCAGUAAAUUUCUCCGUUAGGUCCGUCGUUUAAGUUGGUUGAAUCCUGAAAACAAAAGAGAAACAAAUAAAUUUAUAAAACAAGUACUAAAUUCAAAUGGUAGGUAAAAUACCCUAUACCUACACCAAAUGCCGAAUAAAUAAAAAAAACUUUUAUUUGAAUAACACAACGACUCAAUAGAAUAAGCCACAGAAAGCGGUUACACAUAUACAGU